ACGACGGGGGACGUGGGAGGCAGUGUCGUUCGACGGGUGGCAGCCCAGGAAGCAGGCACUGCAGUCUCAAUCUGGGACGAUGACUUCCUUCCUUCCAGAGUGCGUGGACCGAAUGGCAGAGCAGCCCACUGCAGUGCCGGAAUGUUCUCUUCAGUUAGUUCUGCCUGUUUGUGCCAACUGGUGGACGACCCUCCGACGAGACUGGACGGCAUGUGUUCCAGAAACGAGGGAUCACCGAACCGACAAUCAGUGCGACACCCACCAACAAUCGACUGGCAAGCACCUCAAUUGUCAGAAUCAGCUAGAAGCCCGUCCGAUGACCGAUCCCGUUUUCUGGUCAGGUCAACGGCCUUGCGCCGUCUUGCCUUGCCCGGUGUCACUUCAGUACUACGAAAUCUGCCCUGUCGCUUUGCCAUGACCACUGCCAUCUGGACGAUAAAGGCAUCAAGAGAAACAUCGAUGGCACUCCGCGGUUGGGCUGACACCUAGCAGGGGCAGAGGCUCCAGACCACCUAUGGUACAUGCCCGAGUGUCCCAGGAGAGUGGUAUGCGUCCGAUGCACUUUGAGACUGGCAGACGAUGCCGGAUCAGCAAUCCAAAUCGUGUGAUGCAAAAACGAUAUCAUGUCAAAGCUCUCUGGAGGCAGUGGGGUGAAGGUGGCCAAGGACUAACCUGGUUCCCGACCAGUGACGGACAUGGCAGCCAGUCGACCAUUCCCAAACCACGGCGUACCCGUUCCAAAAACGGACCUGUUAUCUUCAAGUCAACCCCCCACACAGCCUCGUACGCCAUCAUCGCAGCUGGACUCCAUCGAAGGCGGACACCAAGGCUGCGGUUGGCGACCCAGUGUGGUACUCAGGGACUGUCUUACAGCGAUGCUGUGAAUAUAUCUCUCCGCCAAAUUAUGCCCAUUGGCCAGUCUCUCAUUUGGCAGGACAUUUGGCCAUGCAGACUGGUGGCGUGCUACCCGGCAAUAGGAGGGUUGCAAUAUGAGACACCGACAACGAUCCCGGUCAAGUGUAACAAAGAAGAAGCAAAGCCAUGUUCAUCAUCCAGUACUAGUGUGCGUAGCUAUGCCGUCCAGGACGCACGCGGAUAUUGGAUGAACAAGGUAUGGGCUGGACGGGACAUGAACCUUCAACCUUGCACACACAUAUCGUCCCCCCUCCCUUCUUGUCACCCGUCCUUUAUAAUACCCCAGAUCUCCCUCCUUCCUGACGCGUUGCGCCUGCAGCCAGUCUUUUGUCGCACUACUGAUGCUACUCUGACCACCGUCUCCCGCUUCCAAACAUCGACGUCGAAACGAUGGCGGAAAAACACCUACACUCUUCCGACCCGGAAUUGGCCGGCGUCCCUUCACGACACAGCUCGUCCGAGAGGAAAAACGAUGCCUACAUGGAGGGUGCCGCUGUCCUUGGGGGUGAGGACGAAGCGGCCAGGUAUGGCUACGUGAGUCGUGGUCUCAAGUCGCGUCACAUUCAGUUCAUUGCUCUGGGCGGAACUAUUGGUACCGGUCUCUUCCUCGGCAUCGGAAAUGCCUUCACCCACGCUGGCCCUCUCUCCAUCCUGCUCGGUUAUACCUUCACCGGUCUCGCUGUUUUCGGUAUGAUGCAGUGUCUCGGUGAGAUGGCCACAUGGCUUCCUCUUCCCGGUGCUAUCCCUCAGUUCUGCGCUCGAUACGUCGACGAUGCUCUCGGUUUUGCUGUCGGUUGGAAUAACUGGUACUCCGCCGCCAUCACUCUAUGCGCCGAAAUCUCGGCCGCCUCUCUUGUCAUCGGCUUCUGGGAAGGUGCUCAAAGCGUCAACGUCGCCGUGUGGAUCAGCAUCAUCUGGGUUGUUAUUAUUUUUCUCAACAUCUUUGCCGUUUCUCUCUACGGCGAGGCCGAAUUCUGGUUUGCAUCUAUGAAGCUUAUCACCAUUGUCGGCCUGCUCAUCAUGGCCUUCAUUGUCGACCUUGGCGGAAACCCGCGCCACGAACGUCUUGGUUUUCGCUACUGGAAGAACCCGGGCGCCAUGAAAGAGUAUCCACCCCAGGUGCACGGCGACCUUGGUCGUUUUUUGGGUCUCUUUUCUACCCUCGUCAACGCUGCCUUCUCCUACGGCGGUGUGGAAAUGGUCGCCGUUGCCGCUGGUGAGGCCGAAAACCCACGCAAGAACAUCCCCAAGGCCGUUCGUCGUGUCUUCUGGCGUAUUCUCUUUUUCUACGUCUUGGGUUCUCUCGCCAUUGGUGUCCUUGUGUCUUCCAACGACAAGGGCCUCCUUGAUGCUCAGGCCGAAGGCCGCUCCGACGCUGCUGCCUCCCCAUGGGUUAUUGGCAUCAAGAACGCUGGCAUCUCCGUCUUGCCCUCCAUCAUCAACGCUGUCAUCUUGACUUCCGCGACUUCCUCUGGCAAUGCCUUCCUUUACACCGGCUCUCGCUACCUCUACGCUUUGGCGCAGAACCGUCAGGCCCCACGUAUCUUCCUCACUUGCAGCAAGAAGGGUGUCCCCUAUUACGCCGUUGCCGCCACGGCUAUCAUCGGCGGUCUCACUUACCUCUCUGUCGAUCCCAACGGUGGUGCCGCAAAGGCGUUCAGCUGGUUCCAGAACUUAACGACCAUCGCUAGUCUCUUCACCUGGUGCUCCAUCUGCGUUGCUUACCUUCGCUUCUACAAGGCGCUAAAGGCUCAGGGCAUUAGCCGCGAUACCUUGGUCUUCAAGAGCAGGUUUCAACCAUACACGGCAUGGUUCGCGCUUAUCUACUUUGCUGUCAUUAUCAUUUUCAGCGGGUUUGCUGUCUUCAUCAAAGGCAAUUGGGAUGUCGCUGAUUUCAUCGCUGCCUACAUUGGCAUCCCCAUCUUCUUCCUUCUGUACGGUGGCUGGAAGAUUAUCAAGCGACCAAAGGUCAUAAAACCAUCGGAGGCCGAUCUCACGACUGGAAAGGCGGCGCUUGAUGCAGAGGAUGAGCAUUGGCAGAGAGAGUAUAAGCCUCCUGUCACCAUAAUUGAAAAGAUUUGGGAUUGGUUGGCGUAAGCUGUAUAAUCAUAAGGCUUGAUGGCGUUGGCGAAGGCGGUUGUUCUCGUUGUCUUCUGGAGAAGUGUCAUGAGCAAGCGACUUGGUCGAAAAGAGCGGUGGUUUUCUAGAAUUUAUACCCCAUAGGAAACUUGACGAAUGCUAAUGUCGAUAACAACGGCCUCAAUCGAUUUGUCAAUCCAGAGUUGUGCGUCGAAGAGUGCCUAGUUUUCCGGCUGGGUUCGGGUGUUCUCUAUCAUUCACACCAUUUCUUCCUUUGAACGAGCAAUAAACGAAAACUGAAACGAAAAAGAAGGCCAAGUUAGGUAGUCGAGCAUUGAUUGAUUCUAUGUUUAUUGAAGCAGAGAGU